GGUGCAGCAGCAGUGAUCCAAACACAGCAGACUGUGCUGGCAGCAGUGGGAGAAGAUGCUGAAUUGAGCUGUCAGCUCUUGGAAACUAAAGACGUCCUUCAGGUCACAUGGCAGAAAAGUUCAAAUGAUGUGGAGGCAAAUGUUGCCACCUACAACAAGUACUUUGGCCAGAGAGUGAAUGACGGCUUUACAGAUAAAGUUACGUUUAAACAUGCUGGUCUAUGGAACUGUUCCAUAGUCAUCAGGAAUGUGACGGAGCAGGAUGAAGGAUGCUAUCGCUGUCUGUUUAACACUUAUCCUGAAGGAGCCUUUAUUGGUAGACCCUGCCUCCAAGUCUAUGAGCUACACGAACCUGUUGUUGAUGUCAGAGAGUCAAACUCUACUGAAGAGUGGGUUGUAUCUUGUUCAGCCACUGGUCGACCUGCUCCCACUAUAACACUCAGUGUCUCACAACAAGACCUCAACUUCUCACAGUACAACACUGUCAAUGUGUCCAACACCAACGCUACAUUCACUGUCACUACUACAGCUGUGCUCUCAGGUUCACGUAAACAGAGCACACAGGUGGGAUGUGCAGCACGAGUGCUCUCUGCUCCUCACAGAGAGAUGAUGGUGACGGUUCCUGAGGUCCAGCAGGUGUAUGCUGCUGCUACUGCUGAUUAUAAUGUUUCCUUCUGGAUCAUUGCAUCAGGUGUAACAGUGGGACAGAUAGUCUUUGCUUGUGUAGCCACUUUCAUAGCUGUCCUGCUUAAAAAAAAGACAAGAAGAGGAUCAACCGCAGGUAUGGAAGUGUCUAGGACAGACAGCGGAGGACUUUUUAGCCAGACUGAGGAUGCCUAA